AUGUUUGCUUCAGAGUCAUCCGGGGUUCUUGUUAUCUAUAACUAUAGCGUCAUUAUAUAUACUGAUCUUGGCUACUCUGGAAGUAUUCCGCUUUUGCUCUCAGCCGCCUAUGUCAGUUGCGCCGCAAUUGGAAAUUAUUUCUGUUCUCUCAUGAUCGACCGAGUCGGACGUGUCCGAUUAUUAUGCAUUGGACUCGCCGGUUGCCUAGUAUGCCUCUGCUUUGAGGCUACCAUUGUCGCACAGUAUGCUGGCACUGAUGAUGUUGCCGGUCUACGUGCAGGUGUGUUUUUCUUGUUCUUUUACAUUUCAUUCUAUGGGACCUGUAUUGAUGCUACAACUUAUGUGUACUGUUCUGAGAUUUUCCCUACUCACAUUCGGCCCAUUGGGAUGGGUUUCUCAGGAGCCAUUCUCUUUUUGACCACGAUUCCGUAUCUGGAAGCUGCCCCAACAGCUUUUGCCAUUAUUGGCUGGAAGUACUACCUCGUGUUUAUUGUGAUCACUGCGAUUAUGGUCCCGUUGAUCUAUUGUUAUUUCCCCGAGGGAUUGUCUCUAGAGGAGAUUAAUGAGGUAUUUGGAGAUGAUGUCGCAGUUCAUUUGGCGCAUUUUUCGGAUGAGAAGGUAAAACGGGAUGUAGCAGUCGGAAUCAACAACAAUAGUUCUACUCCCAGCUCGCAAAAGACGGAAUCAGAAGGGCCCUCCGCUGUCCAUAUUCAAUAG